AUGAGCUUGUUCUCAUCCUUGAGAGCGCCAGUGUUGCUUCUUCUUGAGGUGACGGUCCUAUUGUCUAUUGGACCUGUUUCCGGCGAUAAUCUAUUACUUGUUCAGCCGAUUUGGCGACAUGGUGAUCGUUCACCGACAACCACUUAUCCGAAAGAUCCAAAUCAGGAGAGUGCUUGGCCACUGGGAUGGGGUCAACUCACUCCGGUCAUUUUUUACAUCUCAUCAAAGUUUUAG